AGAACUUGCCCAUUACCAUAUUCACCAUCCUCGUUUCUCUAUAUUGCUUCCAUAGUUGUACUUCCACACAUAAUCUUGAGAAGCAACCCAAGCAUGAAGGUGGAAGUACAGUGGAAGAAGUUGGUCAAGCCGUCAGUGCCCACGCCGAGCAACCGGCGAAAAUGGAAGCUAUCAUCAAUGGAUGAGCUUCAAAUGCCAAAUUAUGUGGGCGUUAUCUUCUACUAUAGAGAUGAUGCUGAGAACCCCGGAGUUGAUAUCUCUAAAAGGCUUCAGAAAAUGGAGGAGUCACUUUCCAAAACUCUAACGAUCUUUUAUCCUAUGGCAGGGAGAUAUAUCGAGGAGGACGGUUGUUUUAUCGACUGUAACGACCUUGGAGUCGAGUUCGUCCAUGCCAAAGUGGAUGGCCAGAUUGAUCAGCUUCUCCAUGGAGAUCCCGACAUGGACUUGCUCGAUAUUUUGUCACAAUUCCCGACCAACUUAGUAGGCAAUCCGCUGGUUGUGAUUCAAGUGAAUACAUUCGAUUGCGGUGGAUUAGCGAUUGCCCUGCGAUCUACACACAAGAUCAGCGAUGUGUACACGAUGGCCAUGUUCGUUAAUUCCUGGGCUACCGCUUGCAGAGGUAACAUAGACAUGACAAUCUGUCCAAGUUUCGAGUUGUCAUCUCUCUUCCCGGCGAAAGCGUCGACGGUCCCGAAUUGGCCUCCACCACGCACUAUUGGCGAUAAGGAAUUAGUCAUGUCUAGGUUCAGGUUCAGCGGUAAUGCUAUAUCGAAGCUAAAAGCCCUAGCUAGGGAUGAUGCGAAGGAUUCAACGCCCAACAAUUCCCAGCCUUCAAGGGUGGCGGUUGUUUCGGCGCUAAUAAGUAGGGCUCUCGCCAGUAUUGAUCAAUAUAAACACGGCGAACAAAGGUCUUUCGUGAUUUACAUGACGUUCAACUUGCGCGAGAAAAUUAAUCUAGCGAUCCCUGCGAAUUCUUGUGGCAAUCUGUUCGCCAUGAUUUUCGGGCGAUCCUGUGAACCCAUAGCAAGCAAAAGCAAGUUGGAAUUCAAGGAGAUGGUGAAUAUAACAAGCAAAAUGAUAUCGGACGCCAGAAAAAAAUAUGCAGCAGUAGUAGACAGGGAGGAGUUCUGCUCAAUGGUGUGCAAUUCUAUAGCCGAAUUUGUCGAAAAUGUGUCCUCAGGCGAAGAGUGUCCAAUUGCCUUCAGCAGCUGGUGCCGGUUCGGGCUAUAUGAGAUCGACUUCGGGUGGGGAAGGCCGGUUCUUGUGCACAACAUAUCAUUGAAUCUCAAAUCCAUCUUCCUGAUGGACCACGAAGAGAGCGGAGGAAUUGAUGCAUGGAUAACCACCAGCGAAGAUGAGAUGAUUCUUCUUAAACAAGAUCCGGAUAUUCUGGCAUUCACUUCCUAAUGGGGGACAUAGAGAGGUUGCACGAAUAUAUCGUUCGCAAAGUCACCGGAUCUUACGAUAUUGUGGACUAGGAAAAUGAAAAUGGACUUAGGUCUUUAGUAUUUGUUGCAUCUGUUUGGUUUCUUUGAGAAUGGUGCUCCUGUACACAAGGUCUACUCUUAAGUAAUGUUUGUCAACUUAUUAAGUGUCUUAUCAUUGUAGUUCAAGGUUUGAUGUAAUUGCAAUGUUGCAUACUAUGAUAUGAUAGCGGUAGAAGUUCACUGGUUUAAUGUUUUGAGUUGGUAUAUAUAACAAAUAAAGG